CUCUAUUUCUGGUCUUCACUCCCCUGGCGCCCCUGCCAGUGUCCACAGUUCCGGACGCGAAUGCCAUAUUUACCCUCGUCGAAAUACGGUCAACGCAGAAUGCUUCCGGUUCUGCGAGCCUACGAUCCCUAAUUUCUUUUCUAUGCAUGAACCACACACACAAUUGAGUCAGCAGCCAACUCAGGAGAGGUAGAUUUAAUCAUGGAGGCCCGCGCAGGGUGGUCAUCCUUCCGUCACAGUCUCACCCGCCUGGGCUUGCUCUUCCUGCUGCAGAGCUUCCUCGUCAGCCAUGCGCUGGCGCAAACACCAGCAUCAGAUGGCCCGGCCAAUUACCAGGGUCUCUACCUGAACCCAACCGGAACCAUCGAAACCCUCACCUGCGACACGAGCUCCAUCUUCGCGCUCCAGGGCACCUUCGCCGGGUGCUGCAGCAUCGGCGGCAACUGCAACUUUCCGACGGCGUGCACCAAGGCGAGGCCGACCAACCGGCUCGGCGGCAAAUGGUCGUGCGGCCAGGACCGCGACUGCUACACCAUGACCGUCUUCGACGCCUACCCGCAGGCCACCGAGAGCUGGGUCGUCCACAACUGCGCCAAGUCAUGGUCCGCCAGCACUCUCUAUCGGAAUAUCCCGCGCUGGAUGACCACCAGUACGGCGCCGCCGUCGACGGGGACGGGGACGGAUGGGGGUGGUGGUGUUACGCCGCCUGUGAGCGGGCCGCCGGCGGUGAGGACGUCGGAGGGAGCGGGGGAGCCGCCGCGGGAAGAGGAGAGUUCGGGGUCGAAGGCGUGGAUCGCGGGUGUUGUCAUCGGGGGUGUGGUGGGUGCGGCGGGGCUGGGCGCGCUGGGGUUCUGGUUGGGGAGGCGGCACCGGAGGGCGGAGGCUGGGGCUGGGGAGGAGGAGCCCGGCAACAACGGCACGGGGUUCAGGCUGCACUCGUCGACGCUGCUGCGGUCGGGCGGCCGGCGGAACUGGCCGGCGUACCCCUCGCCGGGGUUCAAGGGCCACGUCGGUGCGGUUUCGGUGGCCCAGGGCGUCGAGAUAGAGGGCUAUACACCGGAGAAGAGCCCGACGAGCCCGCAGGAGAUGUCAAACACGAUGCAUGCAGAGCUACCCGCAGUGGAGAGCGACCACGGGCGGCACAAACAUACGUAUAUAUAGGGGCGGAUAAUGCAUAAUGGGUCGUCUCUGGCUUUGAGAGCCGGCAGCGCAGUACAAAGGAAAGGUCAACACGAGUAUCAUGAUAUUCUUACCCUUGAGUCCGAGUCCGCAAUGAAAGCGACGUCCAACCCAGAGUCACCCCUGGGAACUGGC